AAACAUGUGAGUGUCACAAGCGUCACGGAACAAAUGACAAAAACAAACGAAAUAAUGCCGAGAAGAAGCACCGACCGCAUACAGGAAUAAGCUUUUACCACGCAGGGAUAUACGCUCCAUUGAGAACGGGAACCGUAGUCUCUGUCCGCUAUACUGUGUGAUUUCUCGAUUUUAUUUUUCUGUACCACGACCCAUCUUCUGAAAUAUAGAACAAAAGGAUAAUAGAAUCUGGAUAGUACCAAAGUACUACAACCGAUGAUGUCGUUAUCAACUAGAUAUUCUUGGCAAUUAGUCCUUUUAGUUCAAUCCACUGUAGUAUUUUGUGUAAAAGGCAACUCUAUCAAUCUACACACCACCAGUAAAGAAGACCUCCAUGUCCAAGUCAACACUAUGGAGAACUUCAAGAUUUACCCUAGCCAACCAAUUCCAAAGCAGUGGCGUGUGUUUGUAAAUUUUUCAGUUGAAAAUCCAUCUGAUGCUGCUGUACAGGAAAAUGUGCACAUUUAUUCAAACGUCAGUAAAGGCCAUCCACUUCCUGUGCAAGUUAAUGGAAAAAGGGUUGGAAAGGCAACAAUAACAUUUGAAAGUGCAAGUGUCUUUAAUGGAACUGAAGUAUUGAAUUCUACUAUAAUUAAUGGGACUGGAAUCCAUGUGACUGUUCGAGUUGUACACUAUGCUCCACUAACGAUAAUCAAUGCUGUCAUUGGCUGGAUAUACUUUGCAGCUUGGUCUGUCUCAUUUUACCCUCAGGUAAUUCUCAACUGGAAACGAAAAAGUGUAAUAGGGCUGAACUUUGAUUUCGUGUGUUACAAUUUAACUGGAUUUGUAGCAUAUGGACUGUUUAACAUUGGCAUGUUCUGGAUCCCUCUAGUGCAACAACAAUAUGAAGCUAAGCAUCCUAAUGGAGUGAAUCCUGUGCAAACAAAUGAUGUGUUCUUUACUAUUCAUGCCAUUGUACUUACUAUUAUAACUGGGAUUCAAGCUUGCAUUUAUGAGCGAGGUGACCAGAGGGUGUCAAAGGUGUGCAUGGUGUUGGUUGGAGGGUGUGUUCUGUUCUCAGUGGUAGCCCUGUUUGUGACUAUAUUCAACGAGAUAACUUGGCUCACAUACUUGUAUUACUUCUCCUACAUCAAGAUAGGAGUCACGCUUAUUAAAUAUAUUCCUCAGGCAUACAUGAAUUACAGACGCAAGAGCACAGUUGGCUGGAGCAUUGGUAAUGUUCUUCUUGACUUUACUGGCGGAUCAUUUAGCUUGCUACAGAUGUUUCUUUUGGCCUACAAUAAUGAUGACUGGAGAUCUAUAUUUGGUGACUUUACAAAGUUUGGAUUGGGAUUCAUAUCUAUUGUUUUUGAUAUUCUGUUUAUUGUGCAACAUUACGCACUGUACACAUCACGUAAGAAUGGAUAUGCAGCAAUCGAGGGAAAUCAGUCUGUUGAUGCUAGUCUACCAGUGCCUGUAGAACACUCCUAUGAGCCAAUCAGAAAGUCUUUUAAAGAAAGAUUAUUUAGAGUUUAAAAAAAUUGAUAUGUAUAUUCAGGAAGAAAACACAUGAUUUUUAUUCUUUUUCAGAACUUAAGAGUAGAGGUAUUAUGAAUGGUCUUUUUUUUUUAAAUAACGCCUUAAAUAAGGUAUAUACUUGUAAUAGGUUUACUAUAUAUAUAUAUGUCUUGUUUAUAAUUUUUUGUUACAUUUAGGUUCCAUUAGAGUUCAAAUGAUUAAAGGUAUGUGAAAAAAAAUUAAACAGAUAUUACAAGAAACAUUUUAGUAUAUAGGAUGCAUAUACUGUACCCAA